UUGAGUUUUACCAUGGAGCGUUUUCCAGAUAAAAUUGCUGCAGCUGUAUUUGUUACUGCCUUCAUGCCCCUCAGCGGAACAACUCUCUCUGAUAUGAUUAGUGAGGUCUCAUCCAUAGUUGGAAAUUUCGGAGACUCCACAUUUUACUAUGAAAAUGGGAAAGAAAAUACGACCACAUCCUUCAGAUUUGGCAGCCAGUUUACGCGACACUCUUUAUCACAGAACAGUCCUUCUUGGGACCUAAUGUUGUUGGAUUCGCUGGAGAAAAAGUUUCCUCUAUGGGAAGAACCUGUUUUGUAUACAGCUAAAAACUAUGGAAGCGUUAGGAGAAUAUACGUUGUGGCGAAGGAAGAUAAAUUAUUUGUGGAGGCGUUCCAGAGAAAGAUGAUUGCAGAGAAUCCUCCACAAAUGGUUUACGAAAUUGAAGGAUCUGAUCACACUGUAGUGUUCUCGAAGCCUCUUUGUCUGGCUGAGGUGCUAAUUGGAAUUGCUAAUAUAUGUCUGUGAAAGUGAAGCAAUCAGAUGCAGUUGGGUUUUUGUAAAUUUUGUGAUAUCGUGAAAUCCAAGAAUAAACUUUGUCACAC